CGCAUGUUUGAGUUCCAAACUCACGACAUGAGUAUAAAGUGCAAGCUGCUGCACGAGCUUCUCAGAGCGAUCGAAACAUUGGAGACCGUCUCUCCGUUUAAUUUGUGCUGUACAUACGAUGCCACCCAAAGGCAAGGGUAAAAAGCCUGCAAAGGCAAGGACCCCAACGCUAAUAGAUGGACUCACCAAGGAUGAGAUGUCCAAGGAGCAGCUCGAAGAGUACAUUGUGCGUCUUCGAGAGGAGCUGGAUAGAGAGAGAGAGGAGAGAAACUAUUUUCAGACGGAGAGGGACAAUAUCCACACCUUUUGGGAAAUCACUGACAGACAGCUAGAGGUGGUCAAGGCUGAACUUCAAAACCUAGAGAAGGACAUAGAAGAGGAUGAGGGGCACCAUCAAGUAGAGAUCAAGGUGUAUAAGCAGAAGAUGAAGCACCUCCUGUGUGAACACCAGAAUACAAUCUCUGAGUUGAAAGAAGAAGGGUUAGUCUCCACUGAGGUGCUGCAGAAUGAGCAAGAACAAUUAGAGGCUGAGCUUCGCAAGGAGAUGAGGGCCAUCAUGGUAGACAUGCAGAAGCUCGACAAUGAAAGUAUCUUCAAGGAGCUUGAACUGAAACACGAUGAAGAAAUGACUAAAACAAGGAACCACUGGGAGAAGCAUAUCACAGAAAUCAAAUCCAAUUACGCGAAAAAGAUGAAGUUGCAGCAACAAGAGCUGGACAAAAUGAGGCAAAAGGAGACCAGUGAAAGAGAGGAUCAGUGGAACCGCCACAUCGCUGGUCUUAUAGAAGACCACAACAAAGCUUUGACGGAUGCUUCUGCAUUUGUUAAUCUCAUGGAAGAAGAUCUGAAAAUAAGCGAGUCAGUCAAGACACAAAUUCAACAAAUGGAGGUAAAACAGAUGGAAAACCAGAGGGAACAGACCCAUCUUUCGCAGGAUAGCAAAUGUCUCUCUGAGCGUCUCUUGAAAGUCAAGGAGCAAAUUGCUGGAAAUGAGAAAAAAAUGAAAUACUAUGGAAUGAAAAAGGACAUCAAUGAAAGGGUAAAAAAAAAGGAGCUGAAUGACCUAAAAUUGGAACAUAAGGACCUGGAACAGAAAUUCAGCAAGCUUCAACUGGAAAAGGACGAGCAGUUCAAGACAUACUCUCAGACUAUUGAGAAGGUGCAGCAUAAAGCAGAUCUGCAGAUCAUGCAGCUGCAAAGGAAGCUGAAGGCCCUGACAGACAGCCUGGAGAAGACACAGGCUCAGCUCCACUCGGUGCUAUCUGCCUCUAACAUGGACCAAAUUGCCCUUGGUGGGGUCACAAAAAAAAUUGAGGAAAAUCUUGACUCCUGCAAUAAAUCCAUCAAGAACUUACAGUAUAAAAAAGCUCAGAUUUCCAAGGUGCAUAAGGAUCUGCUGCUGACCUACAAAGCAAAGCAAAGGGCUUUAGGUGUCCCAGUGGAGGUGCCUUGUGCCUUUUAGAGCAGUCUUGCUGGGAAUAGUCUGGGACAGGACUUUGAUCUUGGCUUUGCCCUAAAAUGAGAAGCAAUGAAUUAAAAGACUGAACCAUUUACAGCAAAUCUCACUUUCUCUAUAUACUAUCUAAUUAGAAUCUGACAUUAUAUUUUCUUUGAUGCAAAUGUUGAUGUUCAAUAACACAAAAGAUUAAUGUGAAACUGUUGGUUAGGGUUAGAGUUAGAGGGUUAAUCACAGGAAAAAGUUGUAACGCCUCUAUUUAUGUUUUAGGCUAAUCAUUUCACCACAAACAUCAAUCCUUAAAAUUGUGCUCUGCCUUUGACAGUCCUCGUAGAAAACACAGUAUCUGUUGUUUCAGCUUUC